AACAAUACUCUCCCAUUUAUUUAGCACUCUCUAUCCCACGUGUCCAAGCCAAACCCACAGCCUCUAUCUCCGGCGAGGCCAAUCUGAGAGUUUACACCAAAGUUCAUCAAUGGCGGUCGCGCCCUUCUCCACCACUUUCUUCCCUUCACUUCCUUCUAUCUUUACCACUUCCUUCUCCACUUCUAAAUCCCUCAAAACUCCCUCAACUUCAUCCCGCACAGUCUCCCAAUUCUCACUCGAAACCUCCUACAAAAAACCUCCCACCGUCGACCCACCCGAAAUCGACGGCAUUGGCGCCGCCGCGCCCACCCGAGGCGACCGAUUCCUGGAACGCCAUCACUCUGUCGAAGCUGCCAAGUUUGUGCACAAAGAAAACAAAAAGAAUCGGAAAAGAAAGAAGGAUAAGGCUUUGAAGGUUUCUUUGGCGGUUGCUGCUUGUUAUGGCUGUGGUGCUCCGUUGCAGACUUUGGAAUUGGAUGCUCCGGGCUAUGUGGAACCGGAAACCUACGAAUUAAAAAAAAAGCAUCACCAACUUAGAAGAGUUAUCUGUGGGAGGUGCCGACUUUUGUCUCAUGGUCACAUGAUAACUGCUGUAGGUGGAAAUGGAGGUUAUUCUGGGGGAAAGCAAUUCAUCUCAGCUGAGGAGCUUCGAGAAAAGCUCUCUCACUUACGUUAUGAGAAGGCUUUGAUUGUGAAAUUGGUUGACAUAGUUGACUUCAAUGGCAGUUUUUUGGCACGCGUGCGUGAUCUUGCUGGUGCAAAUCCGAUAAUACUGGUGGUCACUAAGGUUGAUCUCCUUCCCAAGGGGACUGAUCUGAACUGUAUUGGGGAUUGGGUUGUGGAGGCUACUACCAAAAAGAAGCUUAGUGUUCUGAGUGUCCAUCUGACGAGCUCAAAGUCUUUGGUUGGUGUAGCUGGAGUUGUAGCAGAUAUUCAAAAGGAGAAAAAGGGGCGGGAUGUGUACAUUCUGGGCUCAGCUAAUGUUGGGAAGUCUGCUUUCAUCAAUGCUUUACUGAAGAAGAUGGCUGAAAGGGAUCCAGUUGCUGCAGCAGCUCAAAAGUACAGACCCAUACAAUCUGCUGUUCCUGGAACUACUUUAGGUCCAAUACAAAUUGAUGCUUUCUUAGGAGGAGGGAAAUUAUAUGACACGCCUGGAGUCCAUCUCCACCACAGGCUAGCUGCGGUUGUUCAUUCAGAAGAUCUUCCUGCCCUGGCUCCUCAAAGUCGGCUCAGGGGUCAAAAUUUCCAAGUUCAUCAACUUCUAACUGACAAUGAGAUGGGAAGCAAGGACUUAUCCAGUGGGUUGAAUGGGUUUUCUAUAUUUUGGGGAGGUCUCGUGAGAGUAGAUUUAUUGAAGGUUCAACCAGAAAUGUGUUUGACAUUUUAUGGUCCAAAAGGAUUGCAGAUCCGCGUGGUUCCUACUGAAAAAGCAGAUGAAUUUUAUGAGAAAGAACUUGGGAUUUCACUAACACCUCCAUCUGGAAAACAAAUAAGGGAUGAUUGGAGAGGACUCGAAACAGUGCGUCAAUUGAAGAUAAAUUUUCAAGACGAGCAAAGGCCUGCUUGUGAUGUGGCUAUAUCAGGCUUGGGAUGGAUCACUGUUGAACGAAAGAAAUCACUUCCAUAUAAUCCGCCUGAUUUAGAAUCAUCGGUCAAUAAGCUCGAGUUGGCUGUCCAUGUCCCUAAACCAGUAGAGAUUUUCGUUAGGCCUCCCAUGCCUGUUGGUAAAGCUGGAUCAGAAUGGUAUCAGUACCGUGAUUUGACAGAAGAGGAAGAGGAAGUAAGGCCAAGAUGGUAUUUUUAGGUACUAUCUCUACCUCUUUUCAUCUAUAUAUUUCAUGAUUAAUUGUAUAACUAGUCCGCUGGUUCUGCCGCCUGGCGAAUGAACUGUAGUUGCAAAGAAAAAGGACGAUAUAUAGGUUAAUUUACAAGCGUAUGAAUCUUAUUGAACUUUGAGGAAUCUGAAUUUGGCAUCUGAAUUCUCUGGAAUCUCUAGUAAUGGAGAUGCAGAUGCCAAAAUUCAAGGAUAAAAUGUAGAGAACACAUAAAUUUGCACAAAGAGUUGUGGGAAGAUAUGAUAGACACUAGACAGAAGGAUAGGAGAUGUACUAUUAUCGAUAUGGCUACCAAGUUUUCAAGCUAUGGCUGUUAAAAAAUUAGAACGAACUUGUAAACAGUAAAUCUUGAAAAUUUGGCCAACUUGAGCAUGGUUUCAAUUAUAUACUUCCAUCGUUUCAAAAGUUUCA